AUGGUAUGGACAUUUUUUGGACCGUCGGAGACACCUUAUGAAGGUGGAGUGUUCCAGCUUGCCUUUUCUGCUCCUGAGCAGUAUCCUUUGCAGCCUCCUCAAGUGCGGUUCUUGACGAAAAUAUUUCACCCCAAUGUGCAUUUCAAGACGGGAGAGAUUUGCCUUGAUAUAUUGAAGAAUGCUUGGAGUCCUGCUUGGACACUUCAGUCUGUUUGUAGGGCUAUAAUAGCUUUGAUGGCUCACCCAGAACCUGAUAGCCCUCUUAAUUGUGAUUCCGGCAACCUUUUAAGGUCGGGUGAUAUCAGAGGAUUCCAUUCUAUGGCAAGAAUGUACACCAGACUCGCUGCCAUGCCCAAAAAAGGGUGAACUUAUGGUGUUAUGAACUGUCUUUAAACCAUAAGACGCGAUUAAUAUCGGUGAUUUCAUUUGUGCUUUUCAAACAUCGCUGAUCCAAGAAUA